CCCGGAUACACAUUACUUAUAUAUUAGGGCUAAUUGUAGGCGGGGACUGUAGUUCAAACAACAGUCAGUCUUCGACAGUGAGGUAGUCGAUCGUGUGCUCCGGUAUCAGAAAUUAUUUGUGAAUUUUAAACAUGGCUGGUGGUAAAGCUGGUAAGGACUCCGGGAAGACCAAAACCAAGGCAAUUUCUCGCUCGCAGAGAGCAGGACUGCAGUUCCCGGUCGGUCGUAUCCACAGACACCUCAAGUCCAGGACCACCAGCCACGGCAGAGUAGGAGCCACUGCCGCGGUCUAUAGUGCGGCUAUUCUUGAAUACCUGACUGCCGAGGUACUGUUAAUCUCCUUUCUCAUACACUUUGUCGCUAAAGAUCUUAUGCUCAAUGUACAAAUGUAUAAUGUGUCUUUCUUUCAGGUUCUGGAGUUGGCAGGAAAUGCAUCGAAGGAUCUUAAGGUGAAGCGUAUUACCCCGCGCCACUUGCAGCUGGCCAUUAGAGGAGAUGAAGAGCUGGAUUCACUUAUUAAGGCCACUAUUGCUGGUGGAGGUGUUAUUCCCCACAUCCACAAGUCUCUGAUUGGAAAGAAGGGACAGCAGAAGACCGUAUAACCUGAAGUGCUUUGGAAGUUGUGCCAUCUCAGGACGAUGUCGGCAUCCAUUUGUUAAAUGUUAUAGUUUAGAACACCUUUAGGAGUUAUUUUUAUUGUUGAGCUUGCAUUUACUCACCUGGGGUAUUUUUUAAAAGUGGCUUCAGAGAAGCUCAUUUUUUUGUGUUUUGCCUUUCUUUUUCUGGUGCUGCAGUUUGCAGUUGCAAUUUAUGUUAAAACUUGCUUAUGUGGCAUUCCCAUGUUCGAUGUGGUGUUUUAAUAAAGCUCUUUCUGGGCA